AUGUACCGCCUCCCCCUCCGCUCGGUGCGCCAUCUCGCGGCGGGUGCGCCCGCGGCUCGGCUCCGUGGCUCUGGCCUGUCCAACCCGGCCUUUGCGGCGAUGCGCGGGUACGCUACACCGAACAAGGGCCCACGACCUUCGCAGAACACUCCCGCCCCGGCCGGUCUCGAGGGCGUGUUUGGUGGCCGCCGUUCGGCGGGCAAGGUCCAGCCCAAGUCUGAGUCGUCGAGCAGUGCCGAGGGCAGCAGCAGCUCGGCGGCCGAGAAGAAGACGGACGAGGAGGACGACGGUCCUAGCUUCAAGGACCGCCAGUUCCGCCUCAGCGACGAGAUGAGCAAGCAGCCCGCGGGCAACAAGAAGCCCGCUGCGACGGGCAGCGGUGGCGGCGGUGGUGGUGGCGGCAAGGGUGGAGGUGGUCCCCAGCUUCCCAACGGCUGGACCACCAACCAGCUCGUGCUCGUGAUCUUGGGAGCGUACACUCUAUACACUGUUGUGGUGCCCGGCGAGAGCAGGGCUCGUGAAAUUACCUGGCAGGAAUUCCGCAACUCGCUCCUUGCGCGUGGUCUCGUGUCCCAGCUCGAGGUCGUGAACCGUACCCGCGUGCGCGUCUACCUCCACAACCCUGUCCCUUCCAGCGGCAUCUCGUCGACAAGCUCGACUGGCGGCCAGGCCAUGUCUGGUCCUGCCCACGGCCCUGCUCCUUACACCUUCACCAUCGGUUCCGUCGACGCCUUCGAGACCCUCCUGCGCGAGACCCAGGACGAGCUCGGUAUCCCUGCCGCGGAGCGCAUCCCCGUCUCGUACCACGAGGAGACGUCGGCUGUCCAGAUGCUCAUGCACUUUGCGCCGACCGUGCUCUUUGCCGGUCUGCUCUUCUGGAUGUCUAGGCGAGCAGGCUCGGGCAUGGGCGGCGGUGGUGGCGGCAUCUUUGGUGUUGGCAAGUCCAAGGCCAAGAUGUUCAACGAGGAGACCGACAUUGCCGUUCGUUUCCGCGACGUGGCCGGUAUGGACGAGGCCAAGGAGGAGAUUAUGGAGUUUGUCAAGUUCCUCAAGGAGCCCCAGAAGUACGAGAAGCUCGGUGCCAAGAUUCCCCGUGGUGCCAUCCUUUCGGGCCCUCCCGGUACCGGUAAGACUCUGCUUGCCAAGGCCACUGCCGGUGAGGCCAAGGUGCCCUUCCUUUCGGUGUCGGGUUCCGAGUUCGUCGAGAUGUUUGUCGGUGUCGGUGCCUCGCGUGUGCGCGACCUGUUCGCGACAGCAAGGAAGAAUGCCCCCUGCAUCAUCUUCAUCGACGAGAUUGACGCGGUCGGAAAGGCCCGUGGCAAGGGCGGACAGUUUGGCGGCAACGACGAGCGUGAGACGACCCUUAACCAGAUCCUGGUCGAGAUGGACGGCUUCUCUACCAAGGAGCACAUUGUCGUUCUCGCCGGUACCAACCGUCCCGACGUUCUCGACGCUGCCCUCAUGCGUCCCGGCCGUUUCGACCGUCACAUCGCCAUUGAUCGUCCCGACAUUUCGGGCCGUCGCCAGAUCUUCCUGGUUCACCUCGGCCCCCUGACUCUGUCCAAGGACCUCAACCCGGACAGCAUUGCCGAGAAGCUCGCCCUCCUGACCCCUGGAUUCUCGGGUGCCGACAUUGCCAACGUGUGUAACGAGGCUGCCCUCCGCACUGCCCGUCGUGGCGGUGAGGCUGUGACCGAGGCCGACUUUGACGGAGCCAUUGAGCGUGUCAUUGCCGGUCUCGAGCGCAAGAGCCGUGUGCUCGGCCCCCACGAGAAGAAGACCGUCGCCUACCACGAGGCCGGCCACGCCGUCUGCGGCUGGUACCUCGAGCACGCCGACCCUCUCCUCAAGGUGUCGAUUAUUCCCCGUGGUGUCGGCGCUCUUGGCUACGCCCAGUACCUGCCCAAGGAGCGCUUCCUGUUCUCGACCCAGCAGCUGCUUGACCGCAUGUGCAUGACCCUCGGCGGCCGUGUCGCUGAGGAGAUCUUCUUCGGCCAGAUCACCACUGGUGCCCAGGACGACUUGCAAAAGAUCACCAAGAUGGCGUUUGAGGUGUGUGCCAACUACGGCAUGGACCCCCAGAUUGGCCCAAUCUCGUACGGCGGCCGUGAGAACCAGGAGCAAGGCUUCCAGAAGCCCUUCUCAGAGGCCACUGCCGAGGCCCUCGACAAGGCCGUCCACAAGAUGAUCAACGACGCCCACAAGCGCACCACCGAGCUCCUGUCCAAGCACAAGGAGGACGUCGAGAAGGUCGCCCAGCUCCUGCUCCAGAAGGAGGUCAUCACUCGCGAGGACAUGCGCAACCUCCUCGGCAAGCGCCCCUUCGAGGCCAUUGACGAGAUGGACACGUACAUUGACAAGAAGCUGGACGAGCACCAGAAGAAUGUCGAAAAGGCCAAGGAGGAGAUCAAGCUCAAGGACGAGAAGGAGGAGACCUCUACUCCCCCCAGCGGCGAGCCCCAACUGGCGUCGAAGAAGGCGGAUCUGUAG